ACGGUUAAAUAGUUAUAUCUGAUCAUAUCUGUUGUGUUGCUUAAAAAUAACUAUUCUUAAACAUAACUUUCCAACGAAAGAAGUAACAAUAUGUGUUGACACAUUUUCUACUUGGUUAAACAAGUACUACAAAAAUUUGAGUUGUUAGUGAAGAUGAACUUAAAUUUAAUUUCGGCAGCAUGUGAGGGGAUGGGUAUUGGUAUAAAAGGAACAUUACCAUGGAGACUUAAAAAUGAAAUGGCAUUCUUUACGUCUAUGACAACGAAUACGAAAGACCCAAAUAAAAAGAAUGUUGUUUUAAUGGGACGAAGGACGUGGGAAUGUAUUCCAAAGAAGUACAAACCAUUAAAAAAUCGAAUAAACAUAGUACUUACGUCACAGCCUUUAGAUUACGGGGACGAUGCGAUAGUAUGCAAAAGUAUUCCACAUGCUCUCGAAGUUAUUAAAAAACCUACAUUAAAAGAUCAAGUCGAAGGUAUAUGGGUAAUAGGUGGAAGUUCCGUAUACAAGGCAGCAAUGGAAUCUCCGAACUUUCACCGAUUAUAUUUGACAAGAAUAAAAAAACAUUUUGUCUGUGAUACCUUUUUCCCAGCUAUUCCUAAUAAUUUUGUUUUGAUAGUGCGGCCACUUCAUUUGACGACCACCAAGAACAUGUAGAUGCAAAUGAUAGACCGAUUGUGCACCAUGCUUGCCAUCGUUGAUGACUAAACGAAAUCCGUCAUCGAGACCUUGUUGCUUCGCUACCUUACGAGCAACUAUCAUUAAAUGACCCAGCAAAGCUUCGUCCCCGUCUUCGGCAGUUGAAAGUUGUGGAAUUGGUUUUCGUGGAAUUACCAGGAAAUGCACCGGUGCUUGGCCGUUAAU